AUGAAUACUUCGGUUCUUGCCCCCCUGGCAAAUAUUUCUAGCCACCUGAAUUUUUCGGAGAAGAACUCGCAGAUGUUGCAGUUUGAAGAUGAGGAUUGCCACGUGCCUGUGGCCAUGGUCUUCACUUUGGCCUUGGCUUACGGCACGGUGAUCAUUCUGGGAGUCUCUGGGAAUCUGGCCUUGAUUGUCAUUAUUUUAAAACAAAAGGAGAUGCGCAAUGUUACCAACAUCCUCAUUGUCAACCUAUCCUUUUCUGAUCUUCUAGUGACCAUCAUGUGUCUUCCCUUUACUUUCGUGUAUACUUUAAUGGACCACUGGAUUUUUGGGGAGGCCAUGUGCAAACUGAAUCCAUUUGUGCAAUGUGCCUCGAUCACUGUCUCGGUCUUUUCUUUAGUCCUCAUUGCUAUUGAACGCCAUCAGCUGAUCAUCAAUCCCCGUGGCUGGAGGCCAAACAACAGACAUGCCUACAUGGGGGUUGCUGCCAUAUGGAUCUUAGCCGCAGCUUCCUCUUUGCCUUUCCUCGUCUACCAUGUGUUAACAGAUGAACCCUUCAGAAACAUAACAUUUGAUGAGUAUAAGGACAAAUAUGUGUGUUUGGACCUGUUCCCCUUGGACACUGCCAGGCUUUCUUAUACCACAACGCUUUUGGUGAUUCAGUACUUUGGACCACUUUGUUUUAUAUUUAUUUGCUACUUAAAGAUAUACAUUCGAUUAAAAAAAAGGAACAAUAUGAUGGACAAGAUGAGAGACAAUAAAUACAGAUCCUCUGAAACCAAAAGGAUCAACAUCAUGCUGAUCUCAAUAGUGGUUGCAUUUGCAGUUUGCUGGCUGCCUCUCACCAUCUUCAAUAUUGUGUUUGAUUGGAACCACGAAAUUCUGCCUGUCGCUACCUGCAGCCACAACCUAUUGUUCCUGAUUUGCCACCUCACCGCCAUGAUCUCUACCUGUGUGAACCCCAUCUUCUACGGGUUUCUCAACAAGAAUUUCCAAAGGGACCUACAGUUUUUAUUUCAUUUUUGUCAUUUCCACUCCCGUGAGGAGGAUUAUGAGACUAUAGCCAUGUCCACCAUGCACACAGAUGUUUCAAAAACCUCUUUAAAGCAGGCAAGUCCAGUCGCAUUUAAAAAAAUAAAUACCUAUGAUGAUGACAAAAUUUAA